GGGAGGGCAGGGGAUGUUUACAUGGACUGGAACUGAGUGAAGUCUUGUCUGUGCAUGGCUUUGGUUAUCUCAGCGCUCUGCACAAAUUUGGAGAACUGGAGGGAAAACAGGAACAAUGUUGUCCCUAGAUGGCUGUCAAAAGCACCAUGCUGUAUCUUACUGUUUCCCUAAUUGCUCACUUGGAUGGCGAGAAAAUGCAGAGUGCAAAGCAUCCUCCCUUCCUGCUGUCUGAUGUGGAUGAGAUGCAGAGCUGUGGAUUUUGCUGAUGCUCAACGCUCAGUCCCAAGUGAUGCUAAAUAUUGCACUUCUCUGUGCCCCAGCAAGUGCUGUAACAACAUUCUUGGGGUCUGCCUGGGGUUGCUGGUAUUAAUUAAUGAGUUUGGCAUGUUUACAUGGAGCUGCCUUCCCCCCAUGCACCAAUUCCAUUGCUGCUUUCAGCACUUGUGUAGCUCACUUCAUUGCAUCUGAGCUAACAGCUGCCUGUGGAGCUCCGUGUGAGCUGAUUUGUAUAGCCGGAUGUCUGAGCAGAAAAAUACAUCAAAUUUAAACAAGGAGAGCGUGUUUCAACUCAUCCUGGUGUGCAAUCUGUCAGCUGAAUCACCUCCGUGUCCCAUCCUGACAAGGACACAAUCCUUGAUUUACACCUCGCAAGCAGCAGCUGCUUGGCGCAGGGCUGCCCUUUCCUUCCUAGUGGGUGCUUGUGCUCCCCCCAGGGCUAAACAGUGGGUGCCUGGUUUGCAGCUGGUGGGGAGCAUUUCUGAUUCAAGAGAUACUUCCUUAUUCAGGGAUGCUUCCUUGUUCAAGGGCUAUUUCCCAGUACCACUGUCAUCACAUUUGGGACAAGCUAGGGUGUGAAUUGCAGCUGGCAAUGCCCAGGGCACGGCAGAGUGUGCUCCCGCUCCUGGGGAUGCCAGCUUUUGUCACUGCUUUGGGGGUUGUACUUUACUACAGAGCCCCCCCAGGGUUUGCAGCACUGUCCAAGCACUCCUCUGAGGUCAACUAUGCUGAAUUUACCUGCAAGGCAGAAAACCUGUAUUGUGAGGAUGCUUGGGGCAACGAGGAAGCAGCUGCUGCCUGAACUGCCUUUUCCUAAGGGACAUGCUGGAGAUUGUUGCAAAAUAAGGCCAAAACAUUCUUUUCUGAUGAGAAGCAUGUUUUGUUCUGCUCUGACUGUGAGGCAAGCGUGAUUUCCCCGCCAUCCCAUCGCAGCGAAGCUCACUGGCAGCCAGCCCUCCUGCAGCAUCAUGCCUGCUCACUGACUUUUGCAGCAGCUUCCAUCUCUCUGCCUCAGGGAAGCUGCGAAUUGUAGGCAUCUGAAAGGCUGAGGGGUGCCAAUGAGCACCGGUGGGGGAUGCAUCACCCUUCAGGGAGCAUGGACUGGCUUCUCCCUGCAGAAAGGGGAUGGUACCAGCGGGCAGCAAUAUAAGCAGGUUCUGAACCCUGCUGCUCAGCUCUGCUCCUUAGGGCUGGGUGUUAUUUUUGUUGGUGUCUCCGCAGGAAGAGCUAAUGGAUGAGCUUCCCCCAGCGCUAGGGGUUGUCACUGAACGCAACAGAGUCGCAUCACACAGAGGACCAAGGCUUUGUGCUCUCCGGUUUUAUUUUGGAGCAACUUACAAGGUUCUGCAGCAAAGCAAGAAGCUGAGGGAGCCAACAUCUCCGUGCAGCGAUUUGCAGAUGGGGAGCUUGAGCCAAAAGGGGUGAAUGCCAACAGCAAGACUGCUUCCAUCAUCUCGCCCUUUGCUGUGACAAGGCGCAGGUGUCUGCUCCUCCCUUGUUUUUCUGAGCAGAAGCAUUACAUCUGUGCUACCCUCCCUCCUCAGACCCAGUGUCUAAUGAGUGUCUAAUGACGCAGCUUCACAAAAGGGCGGUUGUUCUCCUAUCGUAGCCAAAAAGCCCUGAAGAAGAGGAUCGGGAAGCGCUCCUGGCGCCACGCCGAGCUCCGCUUUGCUUACCAGCAUGGAGGUGGGUUUAUUACGAGGAGCCCAUCUCCAUCAGCAGCGCCCGCCUCGACACCUGCGCAGUGCCCGUCUGCGUGCCCGGCACAGCAGAGCCAAACGCUCACACCUGCAGGCUGCUCGCUGGCACCACGUCCCGGAGCCUACGGGAGCGAGAGGAAGCACAGCGCUGGGAUGGUGGCUGUAGGAAGAACCCAGAGAGCUGCCAGGUUGGCAGUGGGGACUCUCAAGGCCGUUGGAUGUGAGGAUCUUAAACCACGGCCAUGGGGACUUACUGCAGACAGGGACCCCUGGCUGGGGCACGGGGAGGCGUUGGGUCUGUCCCACGCGGCAGCGACGUGCAGUCAGCCUGGCGUAGCAGCAGGCACGGAGCAGGCAGCACCUGCAGCGAGAAUGAGAGCCUGGCCCUGACCCGAACAGGCUGGUAGCUGCUCUCCAACUGCCUGCAGCAACUGCAAGCAGGGGUUGCAUCCUCUCCUGCGCCAGGUCACCCAGAGCAAGCCCCAGCCCGCUCCCACUUUUGCUCUGCUCCCACCUCCACCUCUCAGCUUCCCCCUGCAGCCUUUCACAGGACCCCAGAAUAUCCCAGGUUGGAAGGGACCCGUAAAGAUCACCGAGUCCAACUGCUGGCUCCAGCCUUUCUGCACACUGGCUUUUGGACCAGCCCUGCCCUGUGCUGCCAUCCCAUCCAUUUCGGCUGAUGCUCUCUGCCUGGACGGGGCUGCAGGAAGUGGUGCCUCACUUUCCCUAAAUCCUGUUCCCCUUCUGUUGCCACUUGCUGAUGCUGUACCGGUCCAUGAAAGCAGCGCGACCGCGGCCCCAUCCCGAUCCACAGCCAUGGGCAGUCAGGUUUCCCACAGUGCUUCCUUCCAGCCCUGGAGCAAACGUGUGCGGGUGCUUCCCACGAGCUGUGAGCAUGCCUAAAGCAACAGGAAAAUAGGAUUUUGUGAGCGAGAUAAACAAGCCCCGGGAAGCUGGAAUGGAGCAGGUUUGGCUGGGAUCUCCUUUUGUGUCGCAGCUGCACUCACCGCAGGCGAGCAGCAGUGCUGGCAUCAGCAGGACCUUCAUCUUCCUCUUGCCUGCACCUGGGGGAGAAACAGGCGCUGCCCUGCCAAUCUUGCCUUGCUGAAAUCAGGUUGAAUUCUUCCAGAAGUUGAAGGGAGGGAGGCAGGAGGACUCCCUCACACAGUGCUGCUGCCUCUUGGCUGAAAGCGAGCGUACUCCUGUGCUGUCCCACCGCCCACCCCUCCAGCUCGCGUCCCACCGCCCCUCGCACCAAAGAGGACUUGGCAGCAGCAUCUCCCCAGCUGAGAUUUCCCCUCAAAGCAUUUCAUCACGAGGCAAGGAAAACAGCGCAGCGUGCAGCCUCCUCCUCCCAACGCCCCGACCCUAUUUGCACUUCUGCAAUGCGUUGGACCCCCAGCAGCAGAGGGGUCAGCCUGGGGUCUCUUACCGGGAAAUGGUGCCAGUUCCGAUUGCAGCCCCUCGCCUCUGGCUGAGUGCUGCCCUGUGCCUCUGGCUCCUGCCUGGAAGUGCCGAAAUGCCUCUCGUCUGUCCCCACACGCCGUCCUGCUACGCCCCGUCCCUUGCCGGCCAAACCCACAGCCUGGUGUGACGCAGCCUGGAGCCCCUCGCUGCCGUCUGGGGACCCUCAGGCACCCUCCCAGUGCCCCCUGCUGCUCUCUGUAGCCUCCUGCUACGCUCCCACUGCUUUCUGUAACAGCCCAGUACCCUCCCUCUGUCUCCCAGUAUCGUCUUGAGCAUUCCAGUACACCCCCAGUGCUAUGUAGAGACCCCCAAACACCCAGUAACCCCCAGUACUGCCAAAAGCCUCCCAGUAUGCUCCCAGUUCCUCCCCCAUUGCUUUGUAGUUGCCCUCAGAACUUUCUCAGUGCUCUCAGUACUACCUACAGACCCCAGGCAUCCUCCCAUCUUCAUUUUUUUGGGGUCCCAAACCUUAUUCUUUGAACCCAGACUUUAUCUUAUGCUCCAAAAUGCCACUUGGAGGAUCUAACCAUCUUGAUUUUUGGUCACAAAGUCCCUUUUUGAACAUCCAAGUACUAACUUUAAGGGCUUGUAAUCCUGUUUGUAGGGCCCAGACUCUGAUUUUUCAGUCUAGGGAGUCAUUCUUCAGGUUCACAAGUUCAGUUAUAGGGUGUAAGUCAUAAUUUUGAGGGCUCAGCUCUUCUUUUUUUCAUUCCAUAUGCUUAUUUUAAGGGCCUGGAGCCCCAUUUUGAGGGUCCAUAACCUUUUUCAGCUCCCCAAACCCAACUUUGUUGAUCUAAAGCCCCAUGUUGAGUGUUCAAAGUCUCAUUUUGUGAGGUGCUGGAAGACUGGGUGUCCAUAGGCUGCACUGGGGGGCACUGGGAGGUUCUAGACAGUACCACAGAGCACUGGGAUUUAAUUGAAGGGCUCUGGACAACACUGAGGUUCAGUGCAAAGGCAUUGGAAGCCUUUAGGCUGCACUAAGCAGCACUAGCAAGGUACUGCAGGGCUCAGUACAGUACUGAGCUGCACUGGGAAGGCGUAGAGAGGUUAUUGUGGGGUGUUAUGCAGCACUGGGAGACUAUUGGGGAUUUCUAGCAAGGAUUGGGGUCCACUGGGAGUGUGGACCCCAGGAGGCUCUGGACAGCAGAGGGAGGUGGUUGAAAGGCUCUGGACAACACUAGGGGGCACUGGGAGCACACUGGGAGGUUCUAGGUAGCAGUGGGAGGUUACUGGGGGUGUUCUGGGGGUCUCUAGGCAGCAUUGGAAGGCAUUGAGAGGUUAUUGAGCUGCUCUCUAUAGCGCAGGGUGGUACUGUGUGUGUGCUAGGAGGCUCCAGAAUGUAAUGGGAGGCACUGGGAGGGCAGUGCUGGGCUCCAGCUCACAGAGAACCGAGAUAAUUUAAGCACAUAAUUUAUUUUCACAUCGAUUGAGGUCAUCAAGAAUGUGCGCCCAUGCAGAUGCAAAACCCAUCUGGAGCAGAGGGCCAAACCUGGAGAGUCUUCACUUUGCACGUGCUCAUCACCUGCACUUGCACCUGGGGUACAGGACGUAGCGCCAGUUGUAGCUCCUUCUGUUCCUCUGCAGGCACAGCCCCAGGCUGCGGUCACACUCGCAGGACAGCUGGGCGCACCACGAGUCCCUGUCUGUGCGCAGCACCGAUUUUCAUUCGAUUUCAUUUCAUUUCCAGAAGGGAGGAGCCCCGUUUGCAGCAUCCCCACUUACUGCAGGUGUGGCCGCCCCGGCAGCACAGAUGAGGACACUUACCCCAAGCAAACAGUAUGGCCAAUGCAAGGAGAGCAUUCAUCUUUCCUGGAAGACUGCCCUGGAAGAGGAACCCAAUGCCAGGUCAUCUCCCCACUGCACCACCAAGCCUCUUGCAGCAGGUGUCUUGGGAAGCAAUGGCCACAGCAGCUCUUCUGAACCCAGUACCACUUUGCUGCUACUUCCCUUCAAGCACGGCGGUCUCUGUCUUUCAGCCAAACGCCAUCACCAUGCACAUGACCCGGCCGAAAUCUGCCAAGGGUCGCACGAGGUCGACCUUCAAUUGCUCUGGGACCACAGGCGCCUAUCCUUGUGCAGUGCCAUCAUCGCCGGCAGCUCCGCAUGACUUACAGAGCAGCCGGAGAGCACCACCUAUGAAAACGGUGUUCCCCCCCGGCCAGAUAUCCCCAGAGGAGAUCCCUGAGCUCCUGCAGCAGGUGCCGUUACGGAGCUCGUCCUCCCUGAACAAAUACAGAGUGCUCCCCUCCAUUGGCCGAAAGGGUGUGGAAGGUGCAGCGGAGCAGAGCGGCCAUCCGGAUGUGAGCUGGGGGCGGGAGGAUGAUCCAAAAACUGCAGCUCCUUCUGGAGAUCAAGGGUCUGCCUGCAGGCCACCAGAAAGCCAUGUCCCUAAUGAAGAAGCCUUGUGUGCUCCUGAGAAGCUGGGAAGGAAAAUGAGGCAAGAGGGCCCUUUGUUAUCAACUCUCAGUUUGGAAGAACCGCUGCAGAAAGAGUCACGUUUGCUGCUUGCUAUUCGGUCUCCCUCUGGUCAACGAUUUGAACAUCACUUCAAGCCCACAGACAGCCUCCAGAUGGUCCUUGCUAUAGCAGAACACCAAACGGCCACCAAAUACGAACGCUGCAGCAUUGAAACCACGGAGGUGCCCAGACGGAGCUUCUGUGACCUCAACAGGUCCUUGCAGGAGUGUGGGAUCCCCCACAAGUCUGUGCUGUGCAUCCGGCAGGCUGAGCAGCAGGACUUACAGGACACCGACCUGUAAGCGUGGGCUGAGCACUGGAGCAGCCUGGUCUUCUUCGUCUUUCUAAAAGUUCCCCUGAAGCAGACUCGUGGAUACCAAAAGCACGUGUUGAAGUGCUACUUCAAGUGUAUCCACCUAGACCGACUGCAUGGACGGCGUCUUUUAUCCACAAGUUCCUUCCUGAGUGCCACCAACUUUGGCUUUUGAAAUUGACAGUUUCCUUCUUAGAUGUGUGUUCUGCUCUCAGAGCAGGAAGCUGCUUCUGUGUCCUCUUCUCUGUUUCAAAAAGGUGCCACUUCCCAGAGGGGAUCACGCAUUCAGGAAGGCAGAAACAGAACUGUUUUACUCUGCAAAACUCAGCUGGAUUGUGGUUGUAUUGGUGAGCAGUGGGAUUUUCUCCUCAGUUUUUCUUCUCUUGUUUGACGACUGGUAGUUCAGAGGAGCUGGACAGUCAAGGUGGGAUGCUGCAAAGAACUUCACUUAAUGCUUUUACGCUCAAAUGAGUUAGUCCUCAGGCCCAGCAGGUGCUGCUGUGGGAGUUUUUGUUUGCUUUUAAUUCUGUAUUGGCUUUGACUGAGGAAUUGGCUCACCUGGCAGUUGUGUUUUAUUGAACCAAUGUGGCUCUUGCAGAGUUGUUUUGUCAAAACUCGCGAGUAGGGCAACUUAGUAUGUUUGUGCUAAAAAAAAAUGGACAGCUUGCCACACAGCUGAGCUCAUUUGAUAACAUUGUGAGGCAAAACCCAGGCUUUUCAGCUCAGCAGAAUUGCCAGAGCAUCUCACGAGAGCAAUAACAGUAGAAAACUCAUUCCGGUGUUGACCAAGAAUGUUGAAUUUCAUUCCAAAGUCAGUGUUCAGGGGUCCAGGUCUCCUCUGCAGCGGUUGGUAAGCCAGCUGUAGCAAUGCCAGCGUCUCCAGGGAGAGCAGGAGACCUGGGAUGCUUUCAUCAGACCUUUCACAGCUGCUGUUAUGAUAUUUGAAGCAGCUUUGAGAAUGUGGACUCGGCUCAGGACCAUGGAUGUGGGUGGUAGAAGAACAGCACAGCAGUGUUAGCACGCAGAGACUGGUGCCUGCUCUGUGUCUGUGAUGUCGCUUCUGCUGUCAGAGUAUUUUCAUACUGUGUGAUGGUAAAAAUCAAUAAAACCUUUUCAGCUAAAACUUGAACUGGCAAUGAUUUCUGUUUGCUGGAGGCUCAGCAUCCUCUUCAGGAUGACACAAGCAGUGUCAAGCAGCUGAAGGUGAAGGCUCCAGAGAUGGCCCAGAUCACACAGCUCAGCCCUCCAACCAACCCACGUGGACUGCAGCGUCUCCAAAGAAGUGUAUUUGUCUACAGCAAAGCCCACUGAGUCUCCAUGUAGGCAAAUGCAGUGCAGGAAGAAGCUGCCACCCCAGUUCUCCCCCUCUGCCCUUUGCAAACUGUGCCCUGUAUGAGCAGGAGGUGAAACAUCACCCUGAGCUGUUCCUAAAUAGAAAAUGGAUCAGUGCUCCUGCCUGGGCUGCCCCUUACCUACAGCUCUUCAACAACAAGAAGGCGUUCAGAAACAAGCGGAGGCAUCAGUCGGUAUGUGUUCUUUAUUCCAAUUAAAAGUACAUUAGAAACAGCACACAGGCCCAGCAGCAGCUUUCAUGACAAUUCAACUCACUGCUGUCACGAGGUCGUUCAGCUGUACCACGAAAGGAGGUGAUUGCAACAAGUCUUCCACUCUGCACGCAAGCACUCACUCACCUGCCACUUUAAAUAGGUUUCCAACAGAAUAAAAA